AUGGAUCCGUGGGGAGAGGAGGAGGAGGAGGAGGCGGAGCCGGAGGUGAUUUUUGGGGAUGAGGGGGAGGAAGAUCCCGACAAUCCCAACGGAGUCCAGGAUCGACCCCCGAGCGCGUCGUCGAAGAGCGGCAAAAAAAGCCCCAAAUCCCAAAGUUUCUCCAACUUCAAGAGCAUCAUCGUCCUCCAGAAGAGCUACGAGUGCCCGGAGUGCGGCAAAACCUUCAGCUGCAGCUCCCACUUCUCCAAACACCGCCGGACGCACACCGGCGAGAAACCCUUCCGGUGUUUCCACUGCGGAGUGCGGGAAGAGUUCCGGCGGAACAAAGAGUUGGCCACCCAUCAACGGCUCCACACCGGCAAUUUGCCGUUCCAGUGCGCCGACUGCGGGAAGAGUUUCUCCUGGAGCUCCCACUGGCUUCGGCACCAACGGAUCCACACCGGCGAGAAACCCUACGAGUGCCCCGAGUGCGGGAAGAGCUUCUCGAGGAGCUCCCACCUCUACCGGCACCAGCGCGGCCACGCCGGCGGGCGCUCGUACAUCUGCACCUACUGCGGGCGGAGUUUCGGCAGCAUCCUCCAUUUCGAGCGGCACCAGCGGACGCACAGCGGCGUGAGGCCCUACAAGUGCUCGCUGUGCCGGAAGAGCUUCGGCGACGCGCCGGCGUUGGUGAAGCACCAGCGGAUCCACCUCGGCGAGGGCCCCUUCCGCUGCGAGGAGUGCGGCAAAGCCUUCGGCGCCCAGCUCGCAGUACGCGCGGCACCGGCGGAGUUUCCACGGCGGUCCCGGCGCCGAGAAGCCGUAUCGGUGCGGGGAUUGCGGGAAGAGUUUCUCCUGGAGUUCCCACUGGGAGAGGCACCAACGGAUUCACACCGGCGAGAAGCCCUACGAGUGCGCCGAGUGCGGGAAGAGCUUCGGUGAGGACGUCGCACCUUUACCGGCACCAGCGGACGCACGCCGGCGGUCGGCCCCACGUCUGCGGCGAGUGCGGGAAGAGUUUUAAUUCCACGCUCCACUUCCAGAAGCAUCAGCGGGCGCACGGCGCCGGGGCCCGGAAGAGUUGCGGCGAGUGCGGGAAGUCGUUCUCGGAUCCGUCGGCGUUGGCCAAGCAUCAGCGGGUUCACGAGGGGUCACAAAAUGGCGGAAAAUCUUUGGUUGAGUCAUCAACGUUGGCCAAGGAUCAACGGGUUCAUGAGGGGUCACAAAAUGGUGGGAGAUCCUUGGUUGGGUCGUCAAGGUUGGCCAAGGAUCAAUGGGUCCAUGAGGAGUCCCAAAAAAGUGAGAAAUCUUUGGUUGGAACCCAAAAAUCCUGCUCGGAAUGUGGGAAAUCCUUCUCGGAUCCGUCAGCGUUGGCCAAGCAUCAACGGGUCCAUGAGGGGUCACAAAAUGGCGGAAAAUCUUUGGUUGAGUCAUCAACGUUGGCCAAGGAUCAACGGGUUCACGAGGGGUCACAAAAAAUUGGGAAAUCUUUGGAGGAAUCCCAAAAAUCCUGCUCGGAAUGCGGAAAAAACCUUUGGAGAUCCUUCAACAUUGGCC